GGACACAACGAGAAGGACCCGAGCAUGUUCGUCCUCCUCGGCGGGAUGGUGGUCGCCGAGCGGGACGGGCGGCAGUUGGCGCGCAUGUCGCCGGGGGCCAGCUUCGGCGAGCUCGCCAUGCUGGGCGUCAGCGCCGAGCGGGCCGUCACGGUCCGCGCCAUGACUUUCUGCUUCGUGGUGGGCGUGCCCCGCUCCGCCUUCUUCGGGGCGCUGGAGAGGCACCCGGACCAGGAGGAGCACUUCAAUGAGGUCCUGUCGGGCAGCGAGUACACCACCGGCGUCAUGUGGCCUUGCCUGCGCGACGUGCCGGUCAGGCUCCUGUAUCUGCUGGAUCUGUACGCCGAGCGCAAGAGCCUCGCCGAGGGCGACGGGUCUCUGGGCGAAGCGUUGCUCGACGAGGCGGCCGUGCUCCUCGUGGACGGGGAGGUCGGGCUCUUCGACGAGCGCGGCGAGCAGGCCUCGGCGACCCUUACGGCCGGGCAGUGCUACAACGAGCAGAUCUUGGCUGGGGCGCCGGCACAGCUGGCCUUCACGCUGGUGCCCCUCACCCACUGCCAGGUGCGCAUUCUGUCCAGGCAGACGUGGGACAAGGUCAUGGCCGAGUUCGACGACGAGCGGGGCCGCGUGGAGGCGGCCGUGCUCCGCUACAAGGCCGAGCAGGGCGAACGGAGCCUCGGCCACGCACCCGGCGGCGCGGGCGCACUGCGUGCCAGUGUGGCUUUCUUCCACGCCGCCUCCGAGGACUUCAUGGCGAGCGUUCGCGCCCUGAUGCAGACCAGGUUGUUCCUGCCCGGCGAGCGCGUCACCAGCCGCGGAGGCCUCGGCGGCCUCGCCCCGCGCGGCGAGCACGGGCCCAAGCCUGGCAGGGAAGAGCUCGACGAAGAUGGCGAGCCCACGCUGUACUUGCUCCUGGACGGCGAGGCCUACCGCGACGACAAGGCCGGCUCGUCGCUGGUGAGCCCCGGCGAGGCGUUUGGGGAGGCGGCGUUGCUCGGCGUUGCGCGCGCGAGCCCAGGGCCCUGGAGGGCGGGCAGCACGGCGUGCACUGUGCAGGUGCUGGCCCAGAGCGCGCUCCAGGAGGUCCUGCGGAGGCACCCGCGGGAGCAGGGCCUGCUGGCCAAGCUGUGCGGCGAGGUGGCGGAGAUCGGCAGCGAGAGCAUCGCGCAGCAGCUGCGACGUUGCCGGUUGAUGCGGGAGCUGGACGGAAAGUUCGCGGAGGAGAUCGCCGUCGGAGCAGAGAUCGUGCUGUUCGCCCCAGGCAGCACGGUAAUCCAGCACGGAGACCAUUGCGAGCUGGGCUCCACCCCGCUGCACCUGCUGCUGGCAGGCAGGGUGUGGAUGGAGAGCCAGCUGGGCAUCGUGUACACGGUGGUCCAGGCUGGCGACACGUUUGGCGAGGCAGGCGCGUUCGGAAUGACCGAGGAGUAUAGCAGCACGGCCCACGUGUACCAGGACGGCAUCGCCUGCUGCGCACGGUUCGCGGGGGACUCCGUGCGCGAGGCCCUGGACAGGCACCCGUCGACGUGGGAGCCGCUGGCGCAGUACGUCGAGGGGCAGGAGAAAACACACGCGGAUAUCGAGUCUAGCAGAUUCAAGUGGCUCCAGGAGGUGGCCGUGCCAGCGCUAGCCUCGAUCCCGUUCCUGUCGAGGUGCCCCAAGGACUUCCUGAACUCUGUCGCCAGCACCCUCACCGAGAGCCCCUACGCGCGCGGCGACACCAUCAGCAAGCUCGGAGAGACGACGCGGGCUAUGAUCGUCGUGCUGAGCGGCUCCGUGGACCUGGUGGCCAAAUCAGGCGUGAGCGUCGGUCGGCUGCACGCGGGGGCCUCCUUCGGCGAAGCGGCGGCGCUGGGGCUCUUCCCGGCCUUCACGUGCGCGGUGGUGGCCGCCGAGCGGUGCCGGGUGCUGACCGUGCCGGAGG